AUAUAUAUUUACAAAAGUCAUAAAACAAGUAUGCUUUAGUCAAGCAGAUAACGACCGCACAAUGUUACAAAACAUUUUUAUUAUUUUGUUACUAUCCUACAUUGAUGGGAUUAGGACUUUCGAUGAAAGUUUGGACUAUCGUGAUUUCAAGUUAAAUUAUGUGUCGCCAAUAAAACGCGCGAAUACUUUAAUGUCUACACUAUUCAAGGAUUUAGGGAAAAAAGAAAAAGUACAUAUAGAUCUGUAUUAUGAAGUCUUUUGUCCCUAUUGUAUAAACUUUGACAAAAAUCAGUUUGGUCCCCUCGUAGAGAGUAUGGGUGAUUACCUUGAUGUACAUACAUAUCCUUAUGGCAACGCUAAGACAAUAGAGGAAAAAGGAAACAUUUCCUUCCUAUGUCAACACGGACCCCCUGAGUGCUAUGGUAACAAACUCCACGCCUGUGCACUCGAUAAUUUGGAGCACUCCAAGGCACUUCUUUUUAAUAUUUGUCUGAUGAACAGCACCGAGGGUGGAGGUUCUGAUGACAAAACAGCUGAUGAGUGCGGGAACAACAUGAACGUUGAUUCAAAACCAAUAAAACUUUGUGCUAAAGGUAAUAGGGGUACAGAACUUUUAAAGUAUUAUGGAGAGGAAAGUAAGAAAGCGAAUUUUCAUCAUGUGCCAUAUGUUCUCAUAAACGGCAAGAAGUUUAAUAAUAGUGACUAUUUUAAGAAAACAGUUUGCGAAGCCUUCAAAAAUUCACCGCCGCCAUGUCAAAGUGACUAAGAUAGUUCUGUAUAAAGAAUCAUCAAUCAAAAAUUAUAUUAACAGCAUUAUUAUUUUAUAUUUAAUUGGAUGUCAUUUGCAAACUGUAAUAAUUAUUUUUAGAAAUAAACAUUUUGUUAAUAA